UAAUCCCAACCUUUUUUCUUUGUUUUUACCAUUAUAUUUUCUCUGCACAUUUGUCUUCAAAAUUGGCAGAAAAACAAACAGAUUUCAGAUUUUUCUCUGUUGAAAAAGACUUUUUCUUGGAAUGAAUUCAUGAAAGAAGCCGUUGGUUGUGAAUCAGCGACACAAGAAUCAGUUCAUCUGUAAAGAAUUUUUAAAAAAAGCAACAAAAUUUACCCUUUUGACUGGCUGUCUCCCUUCAUUCAUCCAUCUUUUGUGUUCUUAACCAGUGUGACUGUGUGAGGAGUUGAUAUUUGGUCAUUUGAUGGGUGGAUUUGAUGACCAUGUUGGUGUAAUUGGAGAUUGGAUGGCUCCUAGCCCGAGCCCGCGAUCGUUCUUUUCGGCUAUGUUGCGCGAAGCGGGCUCAGGGCCAGUGGCUGAGUCCGAACCAGAACCAGAACCGCCUAAGGAUGAUAACCGAGCCGAUGGGUUCACCUUUCAUGGGCCGGAUAAACAAUUUGGGUUGCAAAAUGGUGGGUUUGGUGAGCCGAAAGUAGCAGGCUCGCGGUCGGGUCUUGUUGAAAGAAUGGCUGCUAGAGCUGGUUAUAAUGCUCCUAGGUUGGAUACAGAUAGCAUUAGACCAUCUGCUGAUGUGGCGAAGCAAUCUCCUUAUUUGACGAUUCCUCCGGGUCUUAGUCCGACUUCGCUUUUAGAUUCGCCGGUUUUUCUGUCGAACUCAUUGGCUCAACCAUCUCCAACAACCGGAAAAUUCCAAUUUGCUCCGAAUAAAGAUCAUUUAUCCAAGCAAUUCGACACUUCAUCUUUUGCAUUUAAAACUGUUCCCGAGCCCGCCCCUAUUUCUAACAAGGUGAAUCCGCCUUUUAUGCCGUGGCAAACUAUUGAAACCGCACAAAAUGGUGGUGUUAAUGGGAAUACCGUUCAAGAACAUAAUGAAGAAGAUGGAGAUCAACUAACGAACGGCGAUAGCGGUAAUCACAGUAGUGAUGACGGGUAUAAUUGGAGAAAGUAUGGGCAAAAACAAGUGAAGGGUAGUGAGUUUCCGAGAAGCUAUUACAAAUGCACUCAUGCAAAUUGUCCGGUUAAGAAGAAGGUGGAGCGAUCCCAUGAGGGUCACAUAACCGAGAUUAUUUACAAGGGGGCCCAUAAUCAUCCGAAACCUCCUCCCGGCCGUAGAUCAGGGUUCGGGUCAUGUAGUGACGUUCAAGGUGGGACCGAGUGGGGGCAGGAUGGUAAUCUUGAAGUGACGUCAUCAGCCGUUAAUCAUCAUGGAACUCAGUUUGAAAAUAGUGAUCCUGUGGAUGGCUCUUUGACGUUUUCUAAUGAUGAAGAAGGAGAAGAUGAUGAUCGGGCGACACAUGGCAGCGUUUCAUUGGGUUGUGACGGUGAAGGAGAUGAAUCUGAGUCGAAACGAAGAAAGGUUGAAGCAUAUGCAGCCGAUGUAAGUGGGGCCACUCGAGCCAUCAGGGAGCCGAGAGUAGUUGUGCAAACCACGAGUGAGGUGGAUAUUCUUGAUGACGGGUACCGCUGGCGUAAAUACGGGCAGAAAGUUGUUAAAGGAAAUCCAAAUCCAAGGAGUUACUACAAGUGCACGAGCACGGGAUGCACAGUAAGGAAACACGUAGAGAGGGCUUCGCACGACCUUAAAUCCGUGAUCACAACAUAUGAAGGAAAACACAAUCACGAUGUUCCAGCGGCUCGUAACAGCAGUCAUAACUCCACUAGCACACAAGCUCAAUCGGUUCAACCAUCUCAAGUGCAUAACCCUAUGGCUAGAUUUGAAAGAACCCAAUACGGUUUGCAGCCCGGUCCCCAUGGCUAUGGCUAUGGGGUAAACCUGACUCAAAUGGCUAUGGCUGGGUUGGUACCUAAUCAAGCUAAAAUGCCAGUUCAUCCGUUUCUUGGACAAAUCAGUGACAUGGGAAUGAUGGUGCCAAAAGGUGAGCCAAAGGCCGAGCCGGUGUUGGACCCUGGUUUGAACCUAGCCGCCAAUGGUUCGUCGAUUUACCACCAUCAGUUCAUGAAUAGGUUGCCGCUUGGACCGCAAAUGUAAAUUUUUGUGGUGUUAUGGGGGAGAGUAGAGAUAAUGAGAUAUCAUAACCUUAUAUUAUUUAAAAAAAUUGCAAUUUUUAUUUCAAGUACUUGAUUUGAAGAACUGUGAAAGCAUAUUGGGAAAUUCUUCGUUUAAAAGAAGUUUUAGUUUC